AUGCCUUUCAAGAAAUUCAGGCCGAAGUUCUCUAUUUAUCAAGUUUGCAUCACUAUACUCGAGGCAAGGCAUUUGCCGCAAAAUGCGAAUCCGCUGGUCGUCGUCAAAGUUGGAAAUCGUAAGAGAAGGACAGUGGUACGUGAGAGGACUGAUAAUCCUAUAUAUAACGAGUACUUCGUAUUCGACUUCACGUGCAGUUUGGACAAUCUGCUGAACACGAGAAUCACGAUAGCGGUCUAUCUGCGCAACUUUGUUCGGCGACUAAAGUUUCACGGAAACACUACCUUCGAAGUUGCCACAGUAUGGGAACAACCAGAUCGUCAAUACUAUCACAAAUGGGCCGUGUUGACAGAUCCAAAAGAUCUGAUGGCGGGUCCGAAGGGUUACGUAAAGUGUAAUAUCACGGUGAACGUCAAGGAUGAGAAAGUCAAGGUGCAUCCAGAAAUAUUAGAUGAAGAUGAUAUCGAAGGGAACCUACUGCUUCCUAUCGGUGGUGAGAGACUACCCUUCAGGCAACGUGCUCGAUAUGUUUUCAUCGUCUAUCGCGCCGACGGUUUACCCGACAUGAGCAGCUUGUGCAGGAAAACUGAUUUCGAGAACAUUAAUCCCUACGUGCAAAUAUCAUUUGCUGGAAUGAAGGGAACGACGAGUGAAGCAUGGCAAACCUAUUGCCCGAAAUUCUACGAGGCCAUAAUUUUUAAGGAAAUGUUCCCCAUUCUCUGCCAUCGCGUGAGAAUCACUAUAAAACAUCGUAUCGACAGUUACCGGACUUGCACCGUAGCAGUUCAUGUCCUGGAUACAACAAAGAUCUCGAAUUCCGGAGAGUAUGGAUUCCUGCCGACUUACGGGCCGUCUUUCAUCCACUUUUACGGAUCCGGCUCUCUGGAAAAGAACGGUUGCUCGGGCAAAUGCUUGACGGCAAUGCCUUUGUAUCGCGGAAGGGUGCUUCUGUCGCUGAAAACUGAAAUGGAUGACCCAGAUGCAUCCCCCGGAAUCGGAGUUGAGACCGUUCCAACAUUUCCUAUUAUUGAAAAAAACUUAUGGUCGACUGAGGAAUACCUUUUGGUUGGAGUAUUGUACGAUGUGUGUUUGAUCGACCGUUCUAGAUUCGGAUCGAAAUUAAUCAGCUUUGAACUGAGUUUGGGUAAUGCGGGAAAUCACCAAUUUCCACACAGUCAAUGCAUUGAAAAUAAUGACAACCAAUCAGCAGAAAUCGAGUUGCUGAAAAAGCGAUUGAACUUCGAGAGUCAAUCAGCUCCGCGAACGACUGGCACUUUGGACGGCAAAUAUAAUUAUCUGCCUUUGGGAUCCAGGAAGCCCUGUUUAUAUGUGAGGUCUUGGUGGCCAAAUUUGGAAUGGAGGAUGAAUAAUAAUAAUAAUCUUCGCUAUAUUUCCAGUUUCUUGGAAACAAGAUUAGAGAAACUGGAGGCCCUCAUGACUGUAGAGAAUCCUGUAGCUUUCGAAGCUUAUAACGAAACGAUUAGCACAUUAAAAGCUCACUGCGUGCGAUAUUUAGACGCGUUGGACAUUAGCAGGUAUGAAAUCAAAGGAGGAACCACUAAACUCGAUCGCCAUCGUGCAAGCUUAUGUCGCAGAUAUGUUGAAGAGAUACUUAAGAGGAUUAAGAUCAACGGUGAACUUCCUAACAACAAUUACAUGAAGAUCGCGAUGAUUCAUGCGUACCAUUAUUUAAAAAAAUUCAGGAAUCUGUACGAUGACCAUAGUCUUCCGGAUGUUUUCGUCUGGAUGAUCGCUGGAUCGAAGAGAAUCGCUUAUUCGCGUCUACCAGCCGAGCAGAUCGUCUAUUCUGAGGAAGCGACUGAAAUGGGCGAGAAAUGCGGUCGGCGAAUCAAUCUGUUCCCCAGGAAUCCGGACGACGAAAGUGAGCCUGUCGAAUAUAGCGCAUGUAAAAUCGAAGCAUUUUUGUGGCUCGGUAACGCGAGGUACGCUGCCGCGUGUUGGAGCUCAAUUCCGCCGGGAUACGAGAUCGAUCACGGUAGAAAUGUCGACACGUUCCCGAAGUACAUCGAGUACAAUCAGUUCUCGACGUUCCAGUUGCGAGCUCACAUAUUCCAAGGUCGCUUUGAUCCCGGAAUGGACGCUUCCGGUCUAUUGGAUUCGUUUAUACGAGUCGUGUUUCAAGGCUACACUGCUUCCACACGGGUGAUAAGACAAAGUUUAGAUCCGUUUUGGGAUCAGACAUUAAUUUUUCCUCCAAUUAUUUUACAUGGCAGUAAAGAAUAUACUAAAUUUCUACCACCUGAAGUCGUCUUGCAGGUUUUUCAGCAGGAUUUAUGCAGCACGAGGGAAUUCUGUGGCAGGUGUAUCACGGUGCCAUUAGUGAAACUCGCCACGGAAACUUACUCACCGCCCGAUUUCCCACCGAAAUUAGAGUGGUACAAAUUCCAGCCGCAGAAAGAUUGCACCGGUUCAGUUCUCGCCGCUUUCGAGUUGAUAGAAAUAGAGAACAAAGAGAUUUCGGACGUUCCGAUGGAUGUGUCAGUAGAGGAUGAGAUUUACAGCAUCCCACCGGAUAUCAGACCAAAAAUGACGAGCUACAGGCUGGAGGUAAUCUUUUGGGGAGUUCGCGAUAUGAGAAAAAUAAAAUAUAUACCGGUACGUAGGCCAAGAAUUAUAGUGGAAUGUGCCGGAGUGCACAUCAAAUCAGAAGUGAUCAAGAACGCUAAGCAAUUCAGCAACUUUACGGAACCGCAUAUUAUGAUCGAGCUGGAAAUGCCGGAGCUCGACAUUUACUAUCCGAGCAUCACUAUAAAGGCUUACGAUUCGCGCGGAUUUGGCUGCUUUAAGUAUGCUGGGAUCUGUAUUAUCCCUAACAUCCAUGUCUUCCUGGAGCAAUUAAUAACCGAGGAGGAUUAUGACAUGCAGAUAUACGAGUCGAAAUUCAUGCAGAAAUUCCAGUUGGCAAAACGGCAUACGGCGAUAGUGUUACCUUUGCCGAUCGAUUAUAGUCCUUCGAAAGAGGAGAGCAAAGGUCUCAUUGCGUAUAAGAGAAUGGCUGCAACGGACGUCCGUUCUAAGCUGAGGAGGCUGCUUGUAAUCAUAAAGAGGAUAUUAAAAUUCAAGUUUUUUACUAAGAGAAAGAAAGUAGAAAUUUACAAAGAUAGCGAUGAUGAAACUCUCGAUUGGUGGAGUAAAUAUUUUGCUUCCCUCCAGAUCUAUUCCACGGAGCUGGAGACGCAGCCGCAAUUCGAAGGAUUUCAAGACCGACUCCGCACAUUUGAAUUGUGGCGUGGAAGAAAAGGUGAAAAUCCCGAGUAUGCCGGAGAUAAUUACGCCGGCAAAUUUAAGGGACAUAUUUCUAUAUACCAAUGGCCGCAUCCUGAUAAUCUUCCAUGCAAAACGAGGAGCGGGAGAGACGCAGCUAAUGGUCUGUGCAACGAUUAUCCGCCUCAAGAGCCUGUUAAGCUCCUCAUUAGACUUUACGUUGUAAAGGGCAUUAACUUACAACCUAAGGAUCCCCUCAGCGGCAAGUCCGACCCAUAUCUCUGUGUGAAGUUGGGAAAAAAUUCUAUCAGCGACAGGAAGAAUUAUAUACCCAAUCAAUUGAACCCUACAUUCGGCCGUGUGUUCGAGAUGGAGGCAAGCUUCCCGCAGGAUUACAUGUUGGAGAUUCAAGUGUGGGAUUUCGACGCCACAACGGCCGAUGAUUUGAUCGGCGUGACGCGAAUUGACAUUGAAAAUCGAUUUUACAGUCGGCAUCGGGCACAUUGUGGAAUCGCAAAUGCUUAUAGCACCGCUGGUUACAACGCCUGGAGGGAUCGAGAGAAACCGGCGCAGAUUCUGGAGCUCCUGUGUAGGAAGAACAAUCUACCAUCGCCGGAAUAUGGAGAACACGAGAUUAAGAUUGGCAAGCAGUCAUUUUCCUUUCACGCCGUGAUUGAACGCGAAAGCGAAGUCGACAGAGAAGAAUGCAUGGCUCUCAGUGUACUUCAUCACUGGCAAGAUUUUCCUAUUUGCGGAUGCGCCCUGGUACCGGAGCACGUCGAGAGACGACCACUUUUCAACGUUAAGAGGCCCGGUCUUGAGCAGGGCAAACUAGAAAUGUGGAUCGACAUGUUUCGAAUCGAACAAUUGCCACCGAAACCGGCGGUCAACAUUGCUCGCCCAAUACCGGAGGAAUAUGAAAUUCGUGUUAUUGUUUGGAAUACCGAAGACGUGCCAUUGACUGAGAGCCAAUUCCUCACAGGAGAAAAAUGCUCCGACAUUUAUGUCAAAGGGUGGAUUCAAUACGAGGAUUACCAAAAGACCGACAUCCACUAUAACUCUCUGACUGGUGAGGGUAACUUCAACUGGAGAUUCGUAUUUCACGUCACAUAUUCGAAAGGCGAGAAUGUCAUGAUAGUUCGCAGAAGAAUGUCUGUGUUUGCUAAAAAUGAGAUCGAGGAAAAGUUGCCUUGCAAACUUCAUCUGCAAGUCUGGGACAGUGAUCAUUUUUCUUCGGAUGAUUUUCUAGGAGAGUUAAUACUAGAUCUGUCCAGAAUGCCGCGUGGCAGUUCAAACUCCAAAAACUGUACGCUGAAAUUACUCGAACCGCAAUUACCUGCAAUAAAUUUAUUCAAAGUUACUCGGACUAGAGCUUGGUGGCCUUUCGUGCGUGAUAUCGACAGUGGUAGAUAUAUUCAAGCGGGUAAAAUUGAACUAGAAAUAUCCGUGUUGAAGGCAAUAGAUGCAGAUGAUCAACCGGCAGGCAAAGGAAGAGAUUCACCUCAAAAUCUUCCACCUCCGAGGCGACCCGAUACUUCAUUCUCCUGGUUCCGCAAUCCAUGGAGAGCGUGCUGUUUCGUCGUUUGUCGCUAUUAUAAAUGGCGAAUACUAUGCUGCUUUACGUGUACGCUACUUGUGCUUUUAGUAGCGUGCGGGAUUUACGCUUUCCCAGGAUACUUCGUUAAACGUCUCUUAGGUGCUUAG